AUGGAAGUCCGGGCUAAGAAACGCCUAGCAUGUUGCUUGCAGCUAGGGACUUUGCAAUGCUUGAUUUAUCUUGUUCAACUCCGCAGGACAACCACACUGAGCGCAUUCUUCAAAGCAUUUCACCUUCUGCGGCAGGGGACGGAGCAGACUGCCAUGUCGGGUGAGCAGCUCCUGCUCUUGUUGCUGAAGAGCAUCCUCCUGAGCACGAAAGGCGACACGCUGUCUCAGCAUCUGCCGGCGUCCAUCGACCUGGAGCCCGCCAUCAGGGGGAUCCGCACCAUGGAUGAGCUGAUACAGGUGUGUCAGCAGCCUGGAGAAGCUUUCGGGAGACUGGUGGAAGGGAACCUGGAGCUUGCACUGACAGCCGCAAUCUCAAGCCAGAGCCUGAGCCAGUUUGUUCCGGAAGACUUGCAGGAGAAGGUGACGGCAAAGGACAUCAUCAAGCUUGCCAAAGCACUGAAAAAUCACAGCUUGAUCUCGUGGACGACGCCCUGGGCGACCAUCGAGAGCCUUCGAAAGUGGCUGGCAGAUCCUGCUGCCUUAACUUUGUCACUCAUCCAACGCGUCCACGGCGAACAAGUUCAGCCCGAAGCUCAGUGA